AUGUCAACAAUUGCAAGAAAGAUCAUACCCAGAACAAAUAAUGGCACUGGAUCUUUUGUACUUCAAUGUCGUAAAAUGGUUUUUAACUAUUGUGAAAAAUGGGGAAGUAACAAGGGCAUGAUUGAAUACAUCAGAAAUGAUCUUGUCAAAUUCGCAAAAGAAAAUCCUCAAAUUGAAAUAGUGGUUCAGCCUAGACCCGCUCAUCACCCUAUUAUACGAGGACUUUAUUUAAAUGGUCGUGACAAAGUCAUUUGUACUCGCAACUUAACACCAAAAGAAAUCAAAACCAAAGUGGAACUUUUAAGAGACUCAAGUGGCGAAAAAAUGAAAGAUUUAACAAAGAAGCCUGUUAUUUCUACCACAGAAAGCGUUCGUGGUAUCUGGUCACCAUUUAACUCCAAUCCACAUACCAUUUAG